CCCUCAAGCUGUGUACUUUUUCACUUUCCUCUGGGCAUCAAAGAAGGUAGUCAGAUUGCCUUUCAAUAGUCAUCUUCUCAAAAGGAAUUCACACAAUAUUAUGGUUCAGUAAGUCAAUUUACCUGCUUACAUUUAGCACUAACUGACACAUGAUACAGUUAAAGGCGGAUCUGAUCUGUGUAGUUUUUGUUCAAUUGAUAUCCAGACUUAAACAUUGAAGACUGAUAAUAAUUUCCGAAUUGAUUUUUAAAAUCUUUUUCCACUAAUUGGUCUUUUGGAGAAACAGAUCAGCUUUUUUUUCAAUAUUUGGUCUAAACUUUAGAAUUAGUGUGCUUGUUAAAUGAGGUCAUUAUGUAUCAGAUGAGUUGUUCUUAGGAGAUCACCUGUCUGAAACUCAUGCAUUGCUCAUUGUUCACCCUUCAUUGAGUUCUCACUAUGCUUUAUGAAUAAGUCAAAGUGAUGUGGUGUGUAUAGGCUACUGGUGCAGACAAGAACAUAUAAUGGGGUUUAUGAUGCUAGUUAUAUGGGUGUAAAAUAGAUGUCAGCAAUUCACUUUCUUGUUUCCUUUAGAUCACAUGGUCAAAUAAAGGCAAGAGGGGAGGUGGGUGGGAGACUGCAUAUCUUAUCUCAGAGGGAUCUGUCAUGUCAGUGAAAGUGAAAGACGACUUGAAAUAUUUACAUUGUCUGCACACUGGUUGUUAUAUUAUACAGUAAUAUAUGUAUUUUAUUGUCUGUUACAUGUUAAUACAUAUUUGUUCCCUGUUCACUCCCCUUACAUAUCUACAAUGGAACGCAGAGAGGUGCCAAGGAUGAUGAGGUACUACACCAUCACCACCGGCAAUACUAUGGAUUCCCAUGUCCAAUUUAUGAGACAACUUGGAGGAGGCUUCACUGAAGUGAUGUCACCAGAGCAGAGUGAUGUCAUCAUGGCUUUCUGUCCCAUCGUCUCUCGUGCUGGUACUGAUAUUGAGGCAGCACUGCAGCAGAUUCCAGAGGGUAAAGAUGUCAUUCUGGUAGUCCUGCAUCACUAUUUUAACCCAGAGUGCACUGUACCUGACAGCAGCAGACUAGUGACCAGAAGUGAUGUAAUACUCACAGUGGACUGUCUGUUCCAUGAGAGUAAGGGAGGACUACUGAACUGCCCUCGCAACAAAGCAGCAGUUGGUAACAUUCUGAACCGGCUGAACAGGAAGCCAAAGGUGGUAGAUAUCGGCAUGGACAUCCCUGAUCACAGAAACAGGCCACAUACAUUUCUUCAAGGGAUGUCAGGGAUGGUGAGAUUCUUCAUAUUUGUGGUUGGCAAUACCUUGGGUGCUCAUGUGGAUUUGACAAGACAGCUCGUCAUCAGAGGAGGCUGUACUGAAGUGAUGCCACAAGAGGAGAGUGAUGUCAUCAUGGCUUUCUGUCCCAUCGUCUCUCGUGCUGGGACUGAUAUUGAAGCAGCACUGCAGCAGAUUCCUGCUGGUAAACCUGUCAUUCUGGUAGUACUGCACCACACCUCCAACCUAGACUACACUGUACCUGACAGCAGCAGACUAGUGACCAGAGAGGAUGUAAUACUCACAGUGGACUGUCUCUUCCAUGAGAGCCAGGGACUAUUGGAGUGUCUUCACAAUGAAGCAGCAGUCAAAGAGAUUCUGAAGAAGCUUAAUAUACAUCCUGAGACUGAUUCUGGAUCUGUCUGUAUGGGUCUGCUCAUGAUGGUGUGUUCCUGGAUCCUUGAUUGCAUCUGGGCAGUCAGGCGUUGUUGCCAGAGAUCACCAUUUGCAUGUGUUGUUGGGCUCAUUAUGUUUAUUGCUCUUUUCUGUUUGGUGGUAUUUUUGAUUGUUUCUUUCUGGAAACAAUGAGGUUUAUCAUAAUAACCUAAUGGAAAUAGAGCAAGUAGGUCUAAACAGCAACAGAGGAAUAAACUGUAGAAAUUACACAGACAACACAGAUAAACUGAUUUAAAUAUACAUUAAAAAUAAUGAAUAAAGCCUAAUAAAGCACCUACUCUACAUACAUCUAUCUAUCUAUCUAUCUAUCUAUCUAUCUAUCUAUCUAUCUAUCUAUCUAUCUAUCUACCUAUCUAUCAGGAUAGUAUAUUAGUUUAAGAUGGCAUGAUGCUCAUGUAAUAUUGUAGGACUACUCUGAUAGUAUAUUCUGUGUUGUCACUUUGUUCUGCUUUGACUGCCCUUCUUUUAAAUAUUAAAGUAAUGCAAUUUCAGUUGCUUUAUGAGUGUGAGUCAUUGAUGAAGCACAAAUAGUCAUCAUUACGCUUUGACAUUAAGAACAUGAACCUGUAUUGGGGUAGGAGUGAUGCUGCGUUGUUAACCAAGUGGGAAGGUGGUAUUUACCAGUUGUGUAGUCGUAAAAAUACCAGUUUGCACUUGUUGAGAAACGCUGAUUGACUAAUGGCCAACAAGUUGUGUCAACCAUCAACUAAAACUACAGCUAUGCAUAGCCGCAGGAAGUAGGGGUCCUGGGGGUGCUACCCCUGAAAUAUCAGAAGGAAAAUAUAUAUGUGAGGGGGUGUGGUAUACAUAGACAACACAGAUAAACUGACUUAAUUAUACAUAAAAAAUAAUGAAUAAAGCCUAAUAAAGCACCUACUCUACAUACCUCUACCUAUCUAUCAGGAUAGUAUAUUAGUUUAAGAUGGCAUGAUGCUCAUGUAAUAUUGUAGGACUACUCUGAUAGUAUAUUCUGUGUUGCACUUUGUUCUGCUUUGACUGCCCUUCUUUUAAAUAUUAAAGUCAUUGAAUUUCA